AUGGCGUUUCCCUAUAUCGACACGCCGCGCACCGAAAUCGACGGGAACGCGACUUACCUUACCAACGGCUUUCGCAGCGUCGGACGAACACACCUUUCGGCGUUAGAUUCAGUUGAAAACUCAUUUCACACACCAUCCAAGAAUAACGACGUGAUUAAAGGGUUUGACAAUGGGAGAAGACGCGUCUCCGAUAGCAACAAAGGCACCCCGCGCGCCAGCAAUAACCAGAAGUCGACACGAAGCGCGUUAAGACAUCUUCCAGCAGCAGGACCGGCGAAAGGAGAGUUUACACCACUUAUGAGAAGUGCUACGAAGAAUAAUUACCUCAAAAAUGCCCCCACUACCCGAGGAGCAGACGGUCUGAAGACUCCAGGUUUCCUGCGUGAAACAAGUCGGAUCGCCCAUACUCCUGGUCUGCCACCAAAUGAUAUGUCCGAUAUAUACGAGGAAGAUGUGACCGCGGAUGAACCGACACCAUUACCCCAGGCGGCUAGCAGCAGUGUACAAAGUACGCCUCUUCCGGGAUUAGGUCGUAACAGCGGGGGAAUUCUGGGCGAUGGGCAAAAUAUGACUCUUAAGGAGCAAGAGAGAAUCAUUGACAGGCUCGAUAAAGACAAUUGGAAUCUGAAGCUUAAGAUUCACUACCUCGAAGAACAGAUCGAAAAAGCUGGGCCAGAGUACAACAGCCUUGCUCUGAAAGAGAACACCGAGCUCAAAGUCAUGCGAUUGACAAUGCAGCGCGACAUAUCCCGGUACAAGAAGAGCCUACUUCAAGCGGAACGCGACCUCGAAGAUUACCGCCAACAACUCACCGAAAUGAGAGAGAGAGCCAUGCGACGACAAACCGAUGAGGAGGUUCAACAAGAGAUGGACGCUAUGCGUGAGGAGGUGGAUUAUCGUGAUAAAGAGAUUCGAGAACUUCGAGAAGAACUGCGACUGGUCAAGGAUGGACAAUCACAAGAAGUCGAGAAGCUACGGGACGAUAUUGAGGACCUGGAAGCCACAGUUCGAGAGAAGGAUCGGAUAAUUGAUGAGCGCGAUGAGCAACUGGAGGAAUUGAGAGAAAACGGCAAGGACAACGAUGCCGCUACCGAACUUCAACUGGAGCUCGACCGCGCGAGAGAGCAGAUUGAAGAAUUCCAAGACAGUCUCGAGAAAGCCAAGGUGGAUGUGGAAGAAGCAGCCUACACUGCCAGACAGGCGGUCGACGAGAAAGAUCGUGCUGAAGAUGAUCUCCGAGAAUUGCAAGACGAGAUGUCAAAUAAGUCCUUUACGACUAAGGGACUUGGUCGACAACUUGAGGAUAGGGCCGAGAAGCUUGAGGAUGAGUUGCGUGAAUUAAGCCAGGAGAAUGAAAGGCUCAAAACAGAACUUGACAGCAAAUCUCGAACUGUUCAUCAAUUGGAGGAGCGGUGCCAAACUAUACAGCAAGACCUGAGGAGUAAUGCUGGAAAGCUGGGCGACGACCUUGACUUGGCCAGACGUGAACGAGACUUAGCGCUGAAGGAUCAUGAAACGAACUCGGCACGUCUGCAGGAGGCACUCGACGAAAUUCAACGCCGAAACGAAGAGAAGGAGCUCCUACAAACCCGACACAAUGCUCUCACUGAUGAGUCAGGAGGUUUGCAAGGCGAGUUAGGUCGUGCACACUCGAGAAUCCGUGAGCUUCAGCAUGCUGUCGAGGAGGCCACAAAUCGGGCACAGGAUAACCAAAACCUUCGCUGGCAACACAAGGUAGAGGUUGAUCGUCUUCGUGAUGAGAUUGAAGCUCUUCAGCAUGAGAUCGAGGACAAGGAGGGUAAUUUUGCUCUCGAGCAAGACCGAUGGGAUAGUACCAAGCGGACAUUGCAAUCCCAGAGAGAGCGAGCGGAAGAGCAAGCAUCAGGCUAUAAGCGGACUAUUGAGAGGCUCCAGGAAGCAGAACAUACUCUUUCAGGGAAAGAAUACAAGCUCCAGGAUGCGAUCGACAGUGAGAAAAAUCGUCACACGCAAGAGGAGGCUGUUCUCAGUCGCCAAAUCAAGGAGCUGAGCGAUGAUCUUACACAGAAGAGACAAAUUGUUGAUGACCAACGCAGCGAUCUGUUGACUGUUCGAGACGAGCUGCGUGUUUCUCGGCGCGAGGAGCAAUCUUUGAAAGAAAAGAUCCAGGCCUUAGAGGAUGAAGUGGUCGUCUUGCAGUCUAGUCUGGCGGAUGAGCAACAAUACGCCAAAGGCCGAUCGCAGAAGGGCCCGUAUGACGUUGAUGCCCAGCUGCAGAAGGCCGUUGCUGACAGACAAACGCUUCGUGAUCAGCUUGCCAAUGCCCACGUUGAACUGCAUGACUUGCGGACGUCUAUGGUUGAAAUGGAAUCUGAACGUGAUGAGCUCCAAGCUCAGAUUGAACGAGGACAGACCGGGGAGGACCCCACCCGGUUCGAUCGCGAGAAGCUUGAGUUGCGAAAGACCACAACUCGAUUGGAGAACGAGAUGAAACGCCUGCAGGAUGACAAGGGUGCCUUGAUGGAAGCCAAGGAAACCCUCGAAAACCAACUCAAUUCUGAGAUUGAACGUGCCACGGAAGAGGAGGGCCGAUUGUCGGCUGAAAUUGAUCAUCUGAAUAACAGACUAUUGGCUGGCUCCGGGAGCCGCGACAGAGAACUGACAACAGCGAAGACAAAGGUUCAGCGGCUCGAACGUCGCGCACAGGAGCUGGAAGCACUCAUUUCUCAGCAACCUGUAGCUGACCAAGAUCACUCAACCGCUCAUGGUGACCUAUCUGUGCUUCGCCAUAGCCUCGACGAAGCCCGCAAGCGUGAAAAGGCUCUCCUACAACGCGAAGCUCAACAUAAGACCUCCACUCGCAGCUUGAAGUCGCGAGUUUCCGACUUGGAAAAAGACCUUCACGACGCUCACAUGAACAAAUUCGAAACGAACUCUCCCCAGAACUCGCCCUCUAAUAAACUCCACGAAGAGCUACGCAGCCUACGCAAGCAGCUCUCCGAUGCCCAUCGAUCUAUCAAGGAAGUGAAGUUGAAGAAUCGUGAUCUAGAGCGUGCAGUUAUGAAAGAAGAGGACCAAAAGGAUCUUCAUGAACUGCUUAAGUCAUCAACUAUUGAAGCCGAGGCACUAGCAUUGAAGGUUUCAGAGAGGGACUCACGAUUAAACGACCUCAAAAUCCAAGUCCGGCGAAUUCGUGAAGAGCGCGCCUUCUGUGUACGCAAAGCUGAGGCGGCUGUGAAGGAACUGGAAGCAGUUCAGCAACAGUAUGCCGAAUCACUGGACAAGGUUUCUCAGGGCAAAUCGACAAGCAAGACCCGGCAUGAAAAGGAAAUCCGUGGCCUCGGAAAGGAGAUCAUCUGGCUUCGUGCCCGUUUACAACGCGAGGAGAAGUUCCGUCGUGACUUGGCCUGGAGCAAGGGUCUCAUGGAACUUGGUGAACGCGUUCGUGUUGCAUGUAACGAAGCUGAUCUGCGUAUGAUCAACGAGAUGGGUGUUCAAUCUCGCGAUCGUAAUCCUGCCCGGUCAGCACGCGGCAAAUUCCGUUCUGCCAUUUCUCUCGUCGUCGCAACUGUUCGCAUGCAGAGAAUGGGCCAAGAAUGGAGGCGAACCAAGAAGAUAGGCGAAGGCUUGAAGCGAGCGAAGAGCGAAAUGCUUAAGCGCCGCGAGAGCUCUAGUAAGAGUUUGCUUGGCCAGUAG